UGCAUUUACUCCUGGAUUACACACAUUUAAGAACACGCACCACUACCCUGUGAAAAUGAGUUCCCCUAGUGAUGAUGACGAUGAUGAUAAAGAUGAGGGAUAUCAGAAAGAAAGGCCUGACCUACCUGCACCCAGUGCUGUGUCUAUGCGGAGUGACAAGUCAAUGGGUGCACCUAUAGUGUUUCAAGAAGGAAAGAAAGAAAGAUAUCAGAAAGAAAGGACUGACUCAGCUGCACCCAGUGCUGUGUCCCUGCGGAGUGACAAGUCAAUGGGUGCACCUAUAGUGUUUCAAGAAGAAAGGAAAGAACGAUACAAACCAGGCCUAUCAAACCUGUCCUUAUUGCCGGAUGCUGAUUUCCAGAGCCAGCAUUUGAGACCGGAAUCGACAGCAAGCAAUGUUAGAGUGAUGGAGCAUAACAAUGGUACCAGAGGACUGGACCCUGUGUUGAAUCAAAGAUUCAAAUCUAUACUGAAGAAUAAAUUUGGGAUAAUUAAUGAGGGAAUACCUACGCAGGGAAAGUCAAAACUUCUAAAUGAGAUUUACACAGAACUCUACAUCACAUCAGAUUGUGGAAGUAGACACCUCGAUGAACUACAUGAGGUCAGACGUGUCGAAAGGGAAUUUAUGAGACGAUAUGAAACAACAGAGAAGUGCAUCAGUUGUAAUGAGAUAUUUAAACCCACAUCUGGAAAAGAGAAAGCCACCAGAACUGUGUUAACAGAAGGCAUCGCUGGAAUUGGAAAAACAGUGUCUGUGCAGAAGUUUGUUCUUGACUGGGCUGAAGGAAAAGCAAAUCGAGAUUUUGACUUCAUUUUUCCAUUUAACUUUAGAGAGCUAAAUUUUAGGAAGGAAGAAGAUCUCAGUUUGAUUGAGCUUCUCCACUGUUUGAUUCCAGAAAUUAAAGAACUUAAAACAGACUAUCAUCACCACAGAAUCUUGUUCAUCUUUGAUGGACUGGAUGAGUCUCGUUUCUCCAUCAAUUUCCAAAACAGCAAAAUAUUGAAUGAUCCUACAGCGUCAGCUUCACUAGAUAUCCUGUUAACAAAUCUUAUUAAGGGAAAUCUACUUCCAUCUGCAUUCCUCUGGAUAACAUCUCGACCUGCAGCAUCCAGUCAGAUUCCACCUGUUUAUAUUAACAGAGUAACAGAGAUACGAGGGUUUAAUGACCCUCAGAAAGACGAGUACUUCAGAAAAAGAAUCAGUGAUCAAACCCUGGCUAAUAAAAUCAUCUCACACCUGAAGUCAUCACGAAGUCUUUACAUUAUGUGCCACAUGCCAGUCUUCUGUUGGAUUACAGCGACUGUUCUCGAGGGAAUGUUCAGUGAAGCAGGAACUGGAGAGGUCCCCAAGACGCUGACUCAAAUGUUCACACAUUUCCUGAUCUUACAGCUCAAACGGGGAUCCCAAAAGUACAAAAGACAGGAAAUGAAUUCUCAACAGAUUGCAGACAUUGUACUAAAACUGGGAAAGCUGGCAUACCAGCAGCUGGAGAAGGGAAACCUGAUCUUCUAUGAGGAGGACAUCACUGAGUGUGGCAUUGAUGUCAGAGAGGCCACAGUGUACUCAGGAGUUUGCACUCAGAUCUUUAUUGAGGAAGUCACUUCACAUCUGGGGAAGGUGUACAGCUUUGUGCAUCUGAGUGUUCAGGAGCAUCUUGCUGCAGUGUAUGCUUUUCUCUCAUGUGUCAACGGAAAUCUUUCAAAACAAAAAACAGUCAAAAUCUUCAAAGCAACUCUGUUAGACCUUCUAAAGGUAGUACUCGACCAGGCCUUACAGAGUAAGAAUGGACACCUGGACCUUUUCCUCCGCUUCCUUAUGGGUCUCUCACUGGAGUCCAAUUCAGUUCUCUUACAAGACCUACUGACAGAGAGAGGACACAGAUAUCUGAGGGAAAAGGCUGCUAACACAAAAAAAGGAAUAACAAAGCAUAUCAGGAAAAUGAUUGCAGAUGACCCAACAAUAUGCCAUUCUGUCAAUCUGUUCCAUUGUCUGAUUGAACUGAAUGACCUGUCUCUGGUACAGGAAGUUCAGGUCUUUUUGGAUAAACCAGGAAAUAAUCGCCUUAAGGGAGUCGACUUUAGUUCAGUUCAGUGGUUAGCAGUGGUUUUCUUGUUAAUGAACUCAGAGGAGGAUCUGAAAGAGUUUAAUCUCCAGAAAUAUGCAGCAUCGGAGGACUGUUUAAUGCACUUGUAUCCAGUUGCCAUGGUAUCCAGGAAAGCACUACUCCGUGGUUGUAAUCUCACAGAGAAAAGCGGUGACGUUCUAGUAAAAGCUCUCAACUCAGAGUAUUCAUUUAUGAGAGAGCUGGACCUCAGUGAUAACGAACUGCAGGAUUCAGGAGUCAAAGGGCUUUCUACUGGAUUGAUGAACCCACACUGUAAACUGGAGAUCCUCAGGCUGUGUGGUUGUAAACUCACAGAGAAAAGUGGUGAAGUUCUGGCAAACACUCUCAAUUCAGACUGUUCGUGUCUUCGAGAACUGGACCUCAGUGACAACAAACUGCAGAAUUCAGGAGUCAAAAUGCUUUCUCUUGGGUUGAUGAGCCCACACUGUAAACUGGAGAUCCUUAGGUUGCGUAACUGCAGCAUUACAGAAGAAGGCUGUGUUGCUCUUGCUGAAGCUCUGAGGACAAAGUCACACCUGAGAGAGCUCGAUCUGCGCGGUAAUGAUUUAGGAGAACAGGGAGUGAAGCUGCUCUCUGAAAUAAAGGAGGAUAAAAAGUACACACUGGAGACGUUGAGACUCUGAAUCUCCAGACCUGACCUGGUGUAAGGAUGAAGUCACAACACAACAUCUGAACCUUUUGUCAGUUGUUUAUUACUGUAUAUCUGUUAUUGUGAGCUGAUUUCUAUGUAUAUACAGUCUAUCUAUUUUUUGUUACUUUGGUUUGUUGAUUUGAUUUGUUUAUUUGGGUAAAAAGGUAAAUAAACACUAUGCCUGAUAGU